CGGAAAGAUUUGUCGCCUAUUAAAGCGCUCGUUAACCGAGCAGCAUUUUUAGCUUUCCCUAUGUCUGUAGAGCGCUCUGUAAGGUGUUAGCAUUAUCCUAUGCAAAUCUGUAAAAUAUCUGGCCUCGAUUUCUGUCCUUAACACUGCAACCGUGAAUGAAAUGGCAGGAGAGAAGAGUUUGAGUCACUUUACGCCACCAUUUGAAAAAGAGCACGAACUCCAAUAUUGCAUACCGAUAUUCUCUCCCUAUCACCCAAGUUACGGCUUCGACCCUCAACGCCCAAUCCUUGAUCUCCUGAAUCAAGAUCUCCUCACUCGAUCAAUCGAUAGAAUAUAUCCCCACCUCUGGCUAGCUGGACUCCCAAAAGCGGCGCGUCCCCUCCAUCGCCAACGGCUUCUAGGACGCAGCAUUAUCAUCACUGAGAACCCUAACGAGCAUCUCGUCUGGCAUGCGACUCGCAUCUUUAUAAAACCGCUCCCGGAGUAUCUUCUUUGCCAUGAGUUCUGGACAUCGAAUUCGGCCCUCUUUAUCAACAAUCAAUCACUCUACCAGUGUGCAUGCGGAACACUAUUGUCAUAUAUGUGGCUCAUUUGCACAAAAUCAGACUUAGCCAUCGCUCACGACUCGAAUCUUCUGCCCCGAACAAUCACCUGGGAAAGAUGGGUCCCCUUUAUGACCUCAUUCCUCUCAACCGUCGAUUCAGAAUCACUCUCUUCGGUCUCAGGACGUUACCACUAUGGCGAGCUCCGGCUCUCUCGCUUAAGCCUAAUCUACCGCCUCUCGCCGUCCGUCUUCAGCACACGCUACCUAAUUCGCGGGUUCAUGUCAGAGUCGUCGUGGUCAAGAGCAUUCUUCGAUCGAAACUUCGCCUGGAUGUUGUCCAUGUUUGCGUUCUUUAGCAUCGUCGCCAGUUCGAUGCAGGUAGGGCUGGGGACGGAUUGGUUGCAUAGGAGCCCGAGGUUCCAAACCGCGAGUGUGGUAUUUACGGCAUGGAGUUUAGUGGUAGCCGCGGCUGGCAUUUUGCUCGUUGGGAUAGUGUGGAUAUUUUUGUUCCUCUAUAAUGUUACUUUGGCGAGAGCGAAUCUGCGGGUCGUAAUGAGGAGGAGGGAGAGGAUUAGGACGAACCAAGGAUUUUGACAGGAUGUCGAAACCAAGGCUACUUAUGUUAAGACACCGUCAAGAUACAAUAUAAGCGAAGAUGCCGCAAGACUAAAAAUAAUUGGCUUGUACACUCGUGAAUUGAACAUCAUGUGAAUGCGGCGUUUACAGUUAUCACGCCUAAUUUCGUCACCAACUUAGGG